CUGUGGUGCAGGGGGAAGUGUUUAUAUGGGGGAUGAUGACAGAGGUCGGGUCGCGCUAAUGGGCCAGUGAAGAGCGGCGGAGGGAGGCGAGGCGCACACAGCAGACCAGGAACACAUACAUUAAUACACUUGUUCCAUCACCAAUCAGCAUAGGGAUAUCCCCUCCGUCUCCGCCGAAGACCACUGGAAACUAAUUUUUCCUCUUCUAAACUUCCCGAGAAAGACUGAUCCUGGUCGGCUUUUUUGCUCUUUCUGUGGUGUGGAGAACUAGGCUGUAGCCUAUAGUUUACCAAGGACUUUGACAACUACGCAGGAUGCCCCAAAAAGGGAGACAUUAAGUAGUGAAAACGGCAGAUGAUUGACUAAAUUGUUAUAGAGUGGACAGUCAACUCUGUUUCCAGAAUACCACAACCAAGCCACGUGGGAGUCUGGCGUAGCCUCAAUGAUGCAGAACAAGGUGUAUGACAUCUGUGAUGAAGGUCACAGUGGCGUAAACCAGCUUGGUGGUGUGUUUGUUAAUGGUAGACCGCUGCCGGAUUCCACCAGGCAGAAAAUAGUUGAACUUGCUCACAGUGGUGCUCGACCCUGCGACAUCUCCAGGAUACUGCAGACCCAUGAUGAAGUCCAAGUGCUGGACAGUGAAAAGGUAUCCAACGGCUGCGUAAGCAAGAUCCUGGGCCGCUAUUAUGAAACUGGCUCCAUAAGACCGAGAGCAAUAGGCGGCAGCAAGCCCAGGGUUGCCACUCCAGAGGUGGUCGCGAAAAUCGCGCAGUACAAGCGGGAGUGUCCGUCUAUCUUCGCGUGGGAGAUCCGUGACAGACUUCUGUCGGAAGGGAUCUGCACCAACGACAAUAUACCCAGUGUGUCAUCGAUUAACAGAGUCCUCCGCAACCUGGCUAGUGAAAAGCAACAGAUGGGCGCAGAUGGCAUGUAUGACAAGCUGAGAAUGCUCAACGGUCAGACAGGAACUUGGGGGACCCGGCCCGGCUGGUACCCCGGAACAUCAGUGCCAGGGCAGCCCAACCAAGAUGGCUGCCAACAACAAGACGGCGCAGGAGAAAACACAAACUCCAUCAGCUCGAACGGGGAGGAUUCAGAGGAGACCCAGAUGCGACUCCAGCUCAAGAGGAAACUACAGAGAAACCGCACGUCCUUCACACAGGAGCAGAUUGAAGCACUGGAAAAAGAAUUUGAAAGAACUCAUUAUCCAGAUGUUUUCGCACGAGAGAGACUAGCAGCGAAAAUCGACCUGCCCGAAGCAAGAAUACAAGUAUGGUUCUCAAAUAGAAGAGCAAAGUGGAGGCGAGAGGAGAAGCUGCGGAACCAGCGCCGGCAGGCCAACAACUCCUCCAGUCACAUUCCCAUCAGCAGCAGCUUUAGCACCAGCGUCUACCAGGCCAUCCCACAGCCCACUACACCGGUGUCUUUCACCUCAGGGUCAAUGCUGGGUAGACCUGACUCUGCACUGGCAAACACCUACAGUGCGUUGCCCCCCAUGCCCAGCUUUACCAUGGCGAACAAUCUACCUAUGCAACCCAGCCAGACCUCCUCUUAUUCCUGCAUGCUGCCUACCAGUCCGCCUGUGAACGGGCGGAGCUACGACACAUACACGCCCCCUCAUAUGCAGGCACAUAUGAACAGCCAAUCAAUGACCACUUCUGGUACCACCUCAACAGGACUCAUCUCUCCUGGAGUGUCUGUCCCUGUCCAAGUACCAGGGAGCGAGCCUGACAUGUCUCAGUACUGGUCAAGACUACAGUAGAGAGAAGAGCUACUUCACCCUGUAACCACCCACUCCACCAUCGCCCUCCGGCAGUGCUCCUCACACAUACACGGCACAGGAGAGUAGAGAAGGCGAGAGAGGGUUGUGAAGAGGCAAAGGACAGGAGAGGAAAGGAGGAAAGAGAGAGAGAGAGAGAGACUCUGGGAGAGCCUUGGGACGUCUGGGCUUUGUGUUUCCAGUGGGACUGUGUGCUGUUCUGUAGCUCUAGGCACAUUCAAACGAGGACUUGGAAGAGAGAACAACGAUGGAAAGAGAAAAACAAUGGACCUCUGUAAAGUGCCCGGUGUUACAUUUUUAUGGAACAAAAACUUAUCUGUUUUUUUUUUUUUGUCUAUUUCCAACUUCAGUCAUUGUUUCCUUUUUCUCUGGUGUGUUAGUAAAUGGCCAUUUGUAUGUUAAUAUGAAAAACCAAGAUCAAGUACUGAUAGAUGGACUGCUAGAAAACCAUGUUGGUCUUGUGUUUGUUUGAGAGAGGAGAAGCUGAGAGAUUCUGCCAUGACUAUCUUUUGAUCUGCUUAUAUCGAGACUUUCUACCAGCCUUUGCAUGGUCUCUGGACGCUGUUGCAUAUCAUUAAAGACGAAAAGCUGGAGGGAAGACUCUUACUGUGUCAAAAAAAUACAACAACUAUUUAUUGGUCUUACUUCUUACGAAUGGAUAUUUAGCAGAGGAAACUCAAACUCGAUCCACCCACUGACGCUGUGGUCUUGACUCCCCUGACGUGGGCCUGUUUGCCGGCUUAUUAAACACGGAUCACUAUCAUCAGCUCAAAGUGUGCAAAGACGGCGCAACAUGCGACACAACCUUGGACCUCUUGCUUCGGUGGUUGGAUUGACUCUAGAUUACCACGAAGAACAUUAAAUGUGGAAAACAGGUGUAAAAGAAAACCUGUAGUCUGUAAAUGGUAGACUGCGUCUUCGAUAUAAUCCAGUUUGUUUGUCAAAAUGUAAAGUACUUGUCUUCCCUAGAAAUCUUUUCUCCAAAAAGAUUUCACCAAUAAAGGUUGAUUUCAUUUAUAUCCCCGAGAAUAUUCUAUAAAUGUUCCAUGCAUCAUGAAAUAAAUUUCUUUAGGGUCAGGUACAAUUUGUCUCUUAGGUAUAGUUGUAUUAUAGUGUCCUAUGGUCAAAAAAAAAA